UGUUCCCCAAAUCUCUCUGCCUCUUGAUUCCUGCUGACCCCAGACUCACUGUCGUAUCCAAAACCGUGACAAAAUUAUUCAAAUUUAAAUUCUAUGGAUCGUAAUCCGCUGUAUCCAAAGAGGCGCUUAGCCCAUUUUUCUGGUUUAAAUUUCAGCCCAUCUACUCCAUCAGCUAUCUUGGCCCAAAUGUCUCGAUUUCUCGUCGGUCUCGGCCCAAACCGAUUUCCUCUCCCCGUCCCCGUCGAUCUCGCCGGCGACACCUCCGUCUCCACCGACCCAGCCACGGAUCCCGCGGAGGCCGAGCCCGCCGAUGGGGGUGGUGAUUGAGCGGGAUGAGUGGGCGCUCACCCCCCUCGCGUACCCGCUCCUCUCCGCAGCAUCCCUCGCCGCGGUCCUCCUCCUCCCCUACUUCUCCGCGAGGAACGCGACGCACGCCACCGUGGGGUCCUCUUCCCCGUUCGACGUGGGCACCGCGCCCUUCCUCCGCUUCCGACGCGCCUUCCUCGUUCUCUUCUCCCUCGCGUCCGUGGUGGAGGGGAUCCUGGCCGUGUUCGGGGAGGAUGAGUUCGCGCGGUGUGGGCUCGGCAGGGAGCAGAUGGCCGCGCGCCUUGCCGCGGCGGCAGCGGCUGCGCUUUUCCUCGGUGGCAUCUCUGGCGUCAUCUCCGACAAAAUAGGACCACGAAGGGCUUGCAUAUGUUACUGGGUACUUCAGCUUGUAGUGGGUGCCAUGAAGAGUUUCAGUGCGCUUCGUUGUGCAUGGAUCAACAAUUUCGUUCUGGCUCUUGCCUCUUCAAUGUUCUCCUUCUGUUUUGAGACGUGGAUUGUGGUAGAGCAUGAGAAGCAAGACCAGAAGCAAGAUUUACUGUUUGAUACCUUCUGGCUGAUGACAUUCUUCGAAUCAGUGUCCCUUGUUGGAAGUCAAGGAAUCACAAACUUACUGGUUAAUGAUAACGACAGCGGAUUCUUGCUUCCCUAUGCAUUUGCAGCCUCACUAUCAAUAGUAGGGAUUCUGUACAUCAGAAAUGCAUCAAGAACCACUCAGCAUGCAUCUGCCAUUGGGAGCUACCAAAAAUCAUUUUUUGCUCAUGCGAUCAGAGACAAAAGAGUACUGAUCCUGGUCUUAGCUCAAGCAAGUAUCCAUUUUGCUGUCUCAGCAUUUUGGUUUGUCUGGGCACCAAUCAUAGUGGCUGACGGAAGGGAUGCUCAACUAUCACUAAUUUACCCCUCUUUUCUGGCCUCAAGAAUGCUUGGAAGCGCUGGUUUUCCGUGGUUUUAUGGAGCCACAGCUCCUUUCUUGAAUGAGGACAGCCUGACAAUAGCUUACGUUACUGCUGGGCUCGCUUUGUCUAUUGUGGCUUAUGAUUACCAGGAGAUUAGAACAUUGGUGAUUUUGUUCUGCAUCUUCCAUGCAUGUGUAGGCUUUAUUUUACCUUCACUAGCCAGAUUGAGAGCAAUGUACCUGCCAAAUGAACUGCGUGGGGGCAUGAUGAGCUUUUCGCUGUCACUGGCAAAUGCUGUUAUCUUCGUUAUUGUAUUGCAGGGUGCCUACCAUCGAAACAUUGCAAAUUCAACUAUUCUGGGUCUUGCAUCCUGUGGUUUGUUAGGAGCUGGGGGUUGCAUUCAUAUGUUAAGGCGGUGGAGAAAGCACACUCGCCAGAAUGCGCGUAGUUUGUAGGAGUUUGAGGCAUCUAGGACUACACAGCACAUCCAACUUCAGUGUACUUUUGUAGCAUGCUAGUAUUACACAUUUUGGUCGACUCCCCUCAUCUGGAAACUCAUGUUACACCAUUGACAGCGAUCACUUGUGCAGCGUAUCAGAAGAUAGGUGCAGAACAAGGUUCUGUGUUCAAAGAAAUUGUUCAGCUGAGGGCUGACACAUUCUGUAGACAUGUAAGGAGGGCAAAAAAAAAAAAAAAAAAAAAUCAAUAUACCGUGCCUGAUGAUGUAAUUUUUUUUGUUCGACAAUAUAUUUUUAUGCCUUGUAAAUACAAAAUUGUUCAUCAUUUUUUGCCCAUAAGUAACACGAUGCUUGGA